GAGGACGCUGCCAGCUCCCCAUAGCACACUCUUUUCCUCUGCCCUUUAUUUCACAAGACACUAGAGGUUUUAUUGCUCCCUUUUCUUUUUCUGCCUGCUCCUGCCAAGCCUUGGCUCCCUGGGAUCUCUCUGGCAGGUGGGAAGGAGCCAUGCCCUACCUGUACCGGGACUUGAAGCCGAGGUCGCCGGCACUGCCUGGUGCUGCACGUGCCACACACAGCUCGGGGAAGGCCUAUGAGGAGCUGAAGCAGGAGUGCCUGCGCAGGGGAGUCCUCUUUGAGGAUCCCGACUUUCCUGCCUGCAACUCCUCUCUCUUCUUCAGUGAAAAGCCACCUAUUCCCUUCAUCUGGAAGAGGCCCGGGGACAUUGUCAAAGACCCCAAGUUUAUCCUUGGAGGAGCCACAAGAACAGACAUUUGUCAAGGGGAUCUUGGUGACUGCUGGCUAUUGGCAGCCAUAGCUUCUCUCACACUGAAUGAAAAAACACUAUCAAGAGUGGUGCCAUUGGAUCAAAAUUUUGGGCCAGAUUAUGCUGGAAUAUUUCACUUCCAGUUUUGGCAGCACAACGAGUGGCUGGAUGUCGUGAUUGAUGACAGAUUACCCACCUUCAAUGGCGGGUUGGUUUUCUUGCACUCAGCUGAACGCAAUGAAUUUUGGAGUGCCUUACUAGAGAAAGCCUAUGCCAAGCUGAACGGCAGCUACGAGGUUCUGAAAGGAGGCAGCACAAUAGAAGCCAUGGAGGAUUUCACUGGGGGCGUAGGAGAAAUGUAUGAGGUUAAAAAGGCUCCUGACAAUUUCUAUGAAAUCCUAGCGAAAGCUCUGAAAAGAUGCUCCAUGGUGGGCUGCUCCAUUGAUACCAGCAGUGCUGCCGAGUCAGAAGCCAAAACCCCCUUUGGCCUUAUAAAGGGCCACGCUUACUCUGUGACUGGCAUUGAUGAGGUGAGCUAUCGGGGCCGGCAAGUGCAGCUCAUAAGGAUAAGGAACCCCUGGGGACAGGUCGAGUGGAAUGGCCCCUGGAGUGACAACUCUCUGGAGUGGCGUUCAGUGAGCCCAUCAGAGCAGAGACGCCUGUCUCAGGCAGCACGGGAUGAUGGGGAGUUCUGGAUGAAAUUUGAAGACUUCAAAGUGCAUUUUGAUAAAGUUGAGAUCUGCAACCUGACUCCAGAUGCCCUGGAAGACAGCACUGCGCACAAGUGGGAGGUGACCAUCCACCAGGGGAGCUGGGUCCGGGGAUCCACUGCAGGAGGAUGUAGAAAUUUCCUAGACACUUUCUGGACAAACCCACAAAUCAAGCUGCAUUUGACAGAAAAAGACGAUGGACAAGAUGAGUGUACAUUCAUAGCGGCGCUGAUGCAGAAGGAUCGCCGUAAACUCAAGAAGCUUGGCGCUGAAAUGCUAACCAUAGGCUACUCUAUUUAUGAGAGCCCUGGCAGAGAUGGACACUUGGGCAAAGACUUCUUCAGGUACCACCCCUCCAAGGCCAGGAGCAAAACAUACAUUAAUUUAAGGGAAGUGUCUAACAGAUUCAAGCUGCCACCAGGAGAUUACAUUCUUGUUCCAACCACGUUUGAGCCACACCAGGAGGCAGAUUUCUGCCUGAGGAUUUUCUCUGAGAAGAAAGCCAUCACUGAGGAUCUAGAUCAGAACGUUGCCAUUGAUCUCCCUGAGCCCAUAACCUCAACCCCAAACCCAGAAGAAACUGAAGAAGAGAAGCUUUUCAAGGCACUGUUUGAGCAGAUUUCAGGAAAGGACAUGGAGAUAUCUGCAGAAGAACUUGAAUGUGUUCUGAAUGCUGUAUUAAAAAGAACAAAAAACAUCAGAUUCAAGAACUUAAGUCUCAUUUCAUGCCGAAAUAUCAUUUCUCUGACGGAUACCAAUGGCAACGGGAAACUGGAAUUUAAUGAGUUCAAAGUUUUCUGGGAAAAAAUGAAGAAAUGGAUAAAUAUCUUUCUUCAAUUUGACUUUGAUAAAUCUGGGUCCAUGUCCUCCUAUGAGCUUCGCAGUGCACUUAAAGCUGCAGGAUACCAACUCAGCAACUACCUGCUGCAACUGAUUGUCCUCCGAUACUCUGAUGAACAGUUCCAGAUUGACUUUGAUGAUUUUCUGAACUGCUUAAUUCGCUUAGAGAAUGCAAGUCGAGUAUUCCAAGCUCUGAGUGUGAAAAACAAGGAGUAUAUUAACCUGAAUAUAGGCGAGUUUAUCAACCUGGCAAUGAACAUCUGAAGAAGUCUGACUUGGAUGCCGGAAGCUUCUGGUGAUAUCGCUGCUGAGACUUCUGCCCCAAACAGCUGAGGUCCCCUUUGCAUGCAGACUUCACCAGGAGAUUUCAUGAGGAGCAACAUGCAUUCUGUCCACCCUUUCUGGUCCCCAGCCCUCUUGAGGAGUUUAACAGUCAGAUCAUAUUUUGGUUUUGGUAAAGCCUCAUACUGGAUUUAGUACUGUGAGUGGCAUUUGGAUGGGGCACACAUGGCUCUCAAAGAGCCUGAAACUGAUACCCCUGAGUGACCACAGGUUUUUACAAAUUAGAAUUGUGUUUAUUUUCAGCACAGCGCAGACUAUAGUCAUUAAAUGUCUUUAUUGCUCCUUGGGUAGAGAUUACUGUAAGGUGCUUUUGAAAAUAUAAGGUUGCAUAAAACUUUGUUCCGUUUGGAAUUCAUUUCCAGCAUGCUGUGUAGCUACACAAAAA